AUGCCGAAGACGAUCAGUGUGAGAGUCACGACCAUGGACGCAGAACUGGAGUUUGCCAUUCAGCCGAAUACAACAGGAAAGCAACUCUUUGAUCAGGUGGUGAAAACCAUUGGACUGCGAGAAGUCUGGUAUUUUGGUCUCCAGUAUCAGGACACAAAGGGUUUCUCAACAUGGCUCAAGCUAAACAAAAAGGUGACAGCGCAGGACGUGAGGAAGGAAAGCCCCCUGCUGUUUAAGUUUCGGGCCAAGUUUUUCCCUGAGGAUGUGUCCGAAGAGCUAAUCCAGGACGCCACGCAGAGACUCUUCUUCCUUCAGGUGAAGGAGGGAAUCCUAAACGACGACAUCUACUGCCCCCCAGAGACCGCCGUGCUCCUGGCCUCAUACGCCGUGCAGGCCAAGUAUGCAGACUACAACAAGGAGGUCCACACGCCCGGAUACCUGUCCAGCGAGAACCUGCUCCCCCAGAGAGUCCUGGACCAGCACAAACUCAACAAAGAGCAGUGGGAGGAAAGGAUUCAAGUCUGGCACGAGGAACACAAGAGCAUGCUCAGAGAGGAGUCCAUGAUGGAGUAUCUAAAGAUUGCUCAGGAUCUUGAGAUGUACGGAGUGAACUAUUUUAGCAUUAAAAACAAGAAAGGAACAGAGCUGUGGCUGGGAGUGGACGCUUUGGGACUCAACAUUUAUGAACAGAAUGACAAAAUGACGCCUAAAAUUGGAUUUCCAUGGAGCGAAAUCAGAAAUAUCUCCUUCAAUGACAAGAAGUUUGUAAUUAAACCCAUCGAUAAGAAAGCACCUGACUUUGUGUUUUAUGCUCCGAGGCUGCGUAUUAACAAGCGCAUCCUGGCACUGUGCAUGGGCAACCACGAGCUGUACAUGCGGCGACGCAAACCCGACACCAUCGAAGUGCAGCAGAUGAAGGCCCAGGCCAGAGAGGAGAAGAACCUCAAGAAGAUGGAGAGGGCUCUGCUCGAAAAUGAGAAACGAAAACGAGAACUUGCCGAAAAGGAAAAAGAGAAGAUUGAAAGAGAGAAGGAGGAACUUAUGGAGCGGCUGAAGCACAUCGAGGAGCAGACCAGGAAGGCUCAACAAGAGCUGGAGGAGCAGACGCACAAGGCUCUGGAGCUGGAGCAGGAGAGAAAGAGGGCUAACGAGGAGGCUGAGCGGCUGGAGACGGACCUCCUGAGGGCGGAGGAGGCCAAACUCGCCCUUCUCCAACAGUCCGAAAACCAGAUGAAGAACCAAGAGCACCUGGCCACUGAGUUGGCAGAGUUGACGUCAAAGAUUUCUCUCCUGGAAGAUGCAAAGAAGAAGAAAGAAGAGGAGGCCAAUGAGUGGCAACAGAAGGCCACCACAGUGCAGGAGGAUCUGGAGAAGACCAAAGAAGAGCUGAAGCACAAAGUUCUGACCGCUCACGUCCAGGAGCCCAUCACCGCAGAAAACGAUCAUGAUGAGAACGAUGAGAGCAGCGCCGAGGCCAGCGCAGAAUUCUCCUCCGCCGUCUCCUACAAGGACCGCAGCGAGGAGGAGCGCAUGACUGAGGCAGAGAAGAACGAGCGGCUGCAGAAACAUCUGCUGGCCUUGAGUUCAGAGUUAGCCAAUGCCAGAGACGAGAGCAAGAAGACGGUGAAUGACAUGAUCCAUGCAGAGAACGUGAAGGCGGGGCGCGACAAAUACAAGACCCUGAGACAGAUCCGCUCUGGCAAUACCAAGCAGCGCAUCGAUGAGUUUGAGUGCAUGUGA